AUGGCACCCAACAGCGACGAAAAGUCGGCUGGACCGUUGCCUCACAGCCCCAGGCCGGGAGAGGCGCCGCCAACCAGCCAAAAUGUCGAUCGCGGCGCCCGUCGCGGCGGUCGCUCUGCGUGGUGGAAGACACCACUCUUCCGGGGUAUGAUCAACGACAUUCGGCGCCGAGCGCCGUUCUACGUCAGUGACUGGGUUGACGCGUGGGACUAUCGUGUUGUGCCCGCGACGGUGUAUAUGUAUUUCGCAAACAUCCUCCCCGCCCUAGCCUUCUCACUCGACAUGUUCACCAGUACUGGCUCGACAUACGGUGUCAACGAAGUCCUGCUGGCAUCUGUCCUCGGCGCCGUCGUGUUUUCAUUGCUCGCUUGUCAACCUCUGGUUAUCGUCGGUGUGACCGGCCCCAUCACCGUCUUCAACUACACCGUUUACGAUAUCAUGAAGCCAACGGGGGUGAACUACCUUGCUUUCAUGUGUUGGAUUGGCUUAUGGUCAUUAGUCUUCCACUGGAUCCUCGCCGUUACAAAUUCGUGCAACUGGCUGCGCUACGUGACUCGCUUUCCUUGCGAUAUCUUUGGCUUCUACGUCGCCUGCAUCUAUAUCCAGAAGGGCAUCCAGGUCCUCGACAGACUGGGCGACGCCGAGCCGUUCUACCUAUCCAUUGUCGCCGCCUUGCUCGUCUUCAUAGUCGCGUACGUCUGCGCCGGGAUCGGCGGAAGCAGUCUGUUCCACCAUCACGUACGGAUAUUCAUCAAAGACUACGGCACUCCGCUCACCCUCAUCUUCUUCACGGGUUUCGUCCACAUCGGCAGGAUGAAGCCUAUUCACCUCGAGGUGCUUCCUACGGGCAUCGCGUUUAUGCCGACUGCAGAUCGCAGCUGGCUUGUAGAUUUCUGGAACAUUCCCGUCGGAGACGUGUUUCUUGCCAUUCCGUUUGCUAUUCUGCUGACAAUUCUGUUCUGGUUUGACCACAACGUUUCUUCUCUUAUCGCCCAGGGAACCGAGUUUCCUCUUCGGAAACCCGCCGGUUUCCACUGGGACCUCUUCCUUCUCGGCUUGACAACUGGCGUUGCCGGCAUCCUCGGCCUGCCGUUUCCUAACGGCCUCAUCCCCCAAGCCCCUUUUCAUACCGAGUCUCUCACAGUCACAAAACCUGAGCCGGAACUCGACGAAAAGGGUGAGUUCAAGGGUAAAUACGUCACAAAGGCGUCUCACGUCGUCGAGCAGCGCGUCUCCAACCUGGCCCAGGGCCUGCUUACUCUUGGCACAAUGACGGGCCCGCUCCUCGUCGUGCUGCACCUGAUCCCUCAUGGCGUUCUCGCCGGCCUUUUCUUCGUAAUGGGCGUUCAAGCGCUGGAGGGCAACGGCAUCACACUGAAACUUAUCUUCCUGGCGCGCGAUAGGCACCUCACACCCUCGAGCCACCCCCUGAACCAGAUCCGACGCAGCGCCGUGUGGUGGUUUGUGGCUAUUGAGUUGAUCGGCUUCGGCGCCACCUUUGCGAUCACGCAGACGGUGGCUGCGGUUGGCUUCCCCGUGUUCAUCAUGCUGCUGAUCCCCAUCCGCGCGUGGCUUCUGCCGAGAUGGUUCUCGGCACAGGAGCUGGGAGCGCUGGACGGGCCCACCGCCAGCCCCUUUACGAUGGAGAGCGUGGGUGGCGUGUACGGCGGCGACGCGAGCGAGGACUCGGACGAGACGAGGGUCUCGGGGUACAGUGACGGCGAUUUACCGGCGAGUAGACACGCUUCUGGAGGAAGUCAGGGGGUCUUGGCGUCGAACGCGGCUCCCGGGAGAAGCUUGGAGGAUACGGCGGAGCUGGGGCUUUCGAGGAGUAGAGAAUCUAAUGGGGCUGCUCGAAGGGGAGGACAUGUUCAUACGACUGAAUGA